AUGACAAAUUCGGUUACAGAUUCUGAGGCCCUGUUGAAACUUAAGCAAUCGUUUACCAAUGCAGAAGCUCUUGAUUCUUGGAGACCAGAGACGACAUCCUGCGACGAGGAUAACAGGUGGGACGGGGUGGUUUGUGCCAAUGGCGUUGUCACUGGUGUCCAGCUGAAUGGAUUGAACCUAUCUGGGAAAAUAGAUAUCGAUGCCCUGGUCCAGAUUCCUGGACUCCGAACCCUGGGGAUUCAGUUCAAUGCCUUUUCAGGUCCCAUUCCGGAAUUCAAUCGCUUAGGUGCAUUGAAGGCUAUUUACUUGACGGGCAAUGGGUUUUCAGGUGAAAUUUCGGGAGAUUAUUUUGGUAAAAUGGAUUCUUUGAAGAAAGUUUGGCUCUCUAGUAACAAAUUUACUGGUGCAAUCCCAGUGUCGCUGUGGCAUUUGCGUCACCUAAUUGAAUUACAUCUAGAAGGAAAUCAGUUUUCAGGUACAAUCCCAGCUUUGGAACAACCAACAUUGAUGUCACUAAACCUCUCGAACAAUAACUUAAACGGAGAAAUUCCACAGGGAUUAUCAAGAUUUAAUGCAAGCUCAUUCCGGGGGAAUCCUGGACUUUGUGGAGAGAAAUUAGGUAAUCCUUGCGGUGGCAUAACGGUGCCAAGUAGCGAUAAUAAUGACGAUUCAAGAAUGAUCUCUUAUGGAGUCCUGAUAGCCUCAGGUGUCAUGCUUUUGCUCAUGUGUUCCGGGAUUUAUGUGCUCAGACGUAAACAAGAGACGGAAUCCGAUGUAAUGGCGGAUGAGGAUCUUGAUGGAAGUGUCGGGGUACGGAUAUCAAGUGCAAAUAAGAAGGAACUGAGUGCAAGCCAGAAAAGUACCGGCUCCAGUCGCAGAGGAUCCAAUCGCAUUGGAGAUCUAGUAAUGGUAAACAAUGAGUUGGGUGAAUUUGGGCUGGCAGAUUUGAUGAAGGCUUCAGCAGAAGUGCUUGGAAAUGGAACACUUGGAUCCACGUACAUGGCAGUGAUGUCGAAUGGUUUGGCAGUGGCGGUGAAAAGGAUAAAAGAGAUGAAUAAAAUUGGAAGGGAUGGAUUUGACGCCGACAUCAGGCGUUUAGGGAGACUGAAACACAAAAACAUCUUGACACCAUUAGCUUAUCAUUUCCGGAAAGACGAAAAGCUGUUGGUAUACGAAUACAUUCCUAGAGGCAGUUUGCUUUAUCAUUUGCAUGCGGAUCGAGGACCUUCUCAUGCUGAGCUGAAUUGGCCUACACGUCUCAAGAUAAUUCAGGGGAUAGCCCAGGGGUUGGGCUAUCUCCACACCGAACUUUCCAGUUUUGAGGUGCCCCACGGCAAUCUGAGGUCUAACAACGUGCUUCUAACUCUCGAGUAUGAGCCAAUAGUAGCAGAUUAUGGCUAUUGUUCUCUGAUCAGCGGUCAGGCCAGAGAAUCCCUUUUAGCAUACAAGUCGCCUGAGGUUGUACAAUAUCAGCAGGUUUCCCCCAAAUGCGAUGUUUACUGUCUUGGAGUGCUCAUUCUUGAGCUGAUCACAGGCAAGUUUCCAUCCCAAUAUUCCAAUAGUGGCACUGGGGGGACUGAUGUGGUUCAAUGGGCAAAAUCAGCAAUAGCUGAGGGAAGAGAGGCCGAGUUAUAUGAUCCAGAGAUCGCUAGCUCGAGCAAUUCCCGAAGUGAGAUGGAAGAACUACUCCACGUUGGUGCGGCAUGCACAGAAAAUAACCCUGAGCAACGGCUGGAUGUUAGAGAAGCCAUUAGGAGAAUAGAGGACAUACAAAUAGCCGGAUAUCAGAGCGCUAGAUCCUUUAAUGUACUACCGUCACUAAGAGAUGGAUGUGCAGAAUCAGCCGAUGCAUCGCAAUCCCAACAGCUAAAUGCACAACGUGUUUGUGCUGACCAGUGCCGCAACAGCAUCAAUGUUGAGGACAGACCAGGCCAUCGGACAACAACUGACAGUUUUGCCUUUGACACAGUGUCUAGUCCAUUUGAAGCAUAAUUAGUAUUGGACUCUUCCCAAAAAUCUGCUUUUCGCCGCCAUGCAGGAGAAUGAAACAGAAUGUGGAUGAAAAAUUAACAGCCCUCGAUUGAGAUUGUGAAGGGUCGCUUUUGGCUGUUAAUUUCUCAGCUCAUCGGGAAGAUGAAUCAGGUAAUUAGGAUUGCCCCAUUUAUUACGGCAUUGGCAAGCUGAAGACCAGUCGCAAAAAUGGCCCUUUCUUGCACGAUGUAACCGGCCGAAAGAUGCAUUUGAUCUUUAAUUUGCUUGGCCAGAUUCCACCUGUUGCCUUCAGUUUUUCUUUUAUCUCUCUGUUUUUUUGUAAUUUGUGGGGUGGA